UCUUGGAAUAUAUAUAUCUGAACCCAUUUAACUUUUUCCAAUAAUAAUUAUAAUAUACUAUUCUCUCUUCAUAUUGUUCUCAUCACCUUUUGGGGACUAGAGAGAGAUAAUAGACAACAGAUAGAUCAAUUGAAGGAGUUGGGUAGUAGAAUGGAAGGUAGUAAUCGGGUGAUUCUUUUGUUGUUCUGUCUCGUUCUUUCAUGCUUUGUGGCUCAAACUCAUGGGAAGCAGAAAGAACAAGGUAUCCCUCUCUUCAGAAAUUCCGGGUUGAAGCCGAAGUCCUCUGGGGCACUCGACACGAGUCUUUUCGAGCAAGAAACGGCUGCCAAUAUUCGUCAUAUUCCUCAGGAGGGCUCCAAGGAGGGUGACAAGAUCGGGAAACUGCCUGGACAACCUCCGGUGGACUUCUCUCAGUAUGGUGGAUAUGUUACGGUGAAUAAAGUUGCCGGCCGUGCGCUUUAUUACUAUUUUGCUGAGGCUGAUGAUCAGCAUAAGGCUUCAUUGCCUCUCCUUCUUUGGCUUAAUGGAGGCCCAGGUUGUUCAUCUUUGGCCUAUGGAGCAAUGCAAGAGCUCGGACCAUUCCGGGUGCACAGCGACGGCAAAACACUUUUCGCAAACCGAUUUGCUUGGAAUAAGGCUGCAAACGUUCUGUUCCUGGAGUCUCCUGCCGGGGUAGGGUUUUCGUACUCGAAUACAACAAGUGAAUAUGAAACCCGAGGGGAUACAAACACUGCAGAAGAUAAUUAUGCGUUCCUGGUGAAUUGGUUAGAGAGAUUUCCAGAGUACAAGAACCGGCCUUUCUAUAUUGCUGGAGAAAGCUAUGCUGGCCAUUAUGUUCCUCAGCUUGCACAUAUCAUUCUCCACCAUAACAAGAAGGCUACAAAGGCCAUUAUCAAUCUCAAAGGAAUCAUUAUCGGAAAUGCAGUAAUCAAUGAGGAAACUGAUAACCGGGGAAUGUAUGAUUUCCUUGCGUCCCAUGCUCUCGUCACAGAUGAGGAUGCCUAUAACGUGAUCAAUCUUUGUGAUUCUUCACCCAAUGCCACCACUCAAAGUAAUCAGUGCAUUGACUCCAACGAUGCAAUCAACAAUGCUGUUUCCUCCCUCGAUAUCUAUAACAUCUAUGCUCCUCGCUGCUUCUCUUCCAAUGUCACUGAGAGGCCCAAGAAAGCUUCUAUAUUGCAAUUCGAUCCAUGCAGCGACAAUUACGUAUAUUUUUACCUGAAUCGGCCUGAUGUUCAAAGUGCUCUUCAUGCCAAUGUAACGAGGCUUACACACGACUGGGAAGCAUGCAGUGAUGUGAUAUCAGGCUGGGGAGAUAGCCCGCCAACCAUUAUUCCACUUCUGCAGGAGUUCAUGGCCAAUGGACUUCGAGUUUGGGUUUUCAGUGGUGACAUCGAUGGAAGGGUUCCAGUUACUUCAACAAAGUAUUCUAUAAAGAAAAUGAACCUUCCUGUCAAGACUGCAUGGCACGCUUGGUACUUGAAUGGAGAGGUUGGUGGGUACACAGAAGUGUACAAGGGAGACCUAACAUUCGCGACAGUGAGAGAAGCAGGGCAUCAAGUGCCCAGCUACCAGCCUGCCAGAGGCCUUUCUUUGAUCAGUCAUUUUCUCAAUGGCACCCCUCUUCCUAACACGGCAAGACCGACUUAGUUGAUCAGUCAUUUUCUCAAUGGCACCCCUGUUCCUAACACGGCAAGACCGACUUAGUGUUCAACAAUUAAUGUAUUUAUUUUUAUUAAUUUCAUUCUUUUGAUCACUACCUCAAUUUGCUCAAUAUUUAUAUAUAAACUAUUUAAUCAUGUAUAGCAGUUUGCUUUUCUAAGCAACGUACAUGCUUAAGAAAUUCUCUACACAUUUUAAUAUUUAGUUUGAUUUGUAUCAACAGCGUUCAGCUCAGCUAGAACGUGGUAGUACUACUACUUAAUUCUAUAAUAAUAUGCUAAUUUGAGAAUAA